AUGCUCAGUGACGCAAAUGACUCCGUGCGACAGCUGUCCCCUAAAGAGUGGGCCGUGAGACUCAGCGAGCCGCCAAGCGCCGCAGGCCGCGCGGCGCACGCUGGCUUCACUGAACCCCGGGGUGCCGAGGGCGUGGCAGACUACGAGUUGAUCUACGACCGUCGAGUCACUACAGAUGACGGACAGCAUUUCAGAUACUCAGCUGCCGACGACAUCUCUGAGUCGCAGAAGUUCUCUUGUCACACCCCGAGGAGACUGCAGACGCACGCCUCCCCGGCGCGUCACGUCUGUCUUCCCAUGGUUGCCCUCCUCUACACUUCGCCUUCGUCGCCUUCAUCCGCCAAGCGAACCCGCACAGCCCGCGGCGCGUUGUGCAGCGGAUCCCAGGCGGCCUCGAACGUGACUGUCUGCCCGCAGCGGAGGAAGCGCGGCUCCGCGCAUCGCGUCCCCUCGGCCUCUGACGGCGCCGCUCUCGAGGAUCUCCUCCUCCCGAUGGACGCACUGGAGGCUGACGAGGACGACGCAGCAGAGGCAGAAGCUGCGGAAGGUGCAGAACUCGACGAGGGGCGCAGAUCCGCAGACGGCGAACAGAAGUCAUCGCGGUGGAUAAAAAUGUGGGGGCCGCCGUCGUCGGGAGCUGCGGGCAAAGGGGCAGGAGGCGGAAGAGAGAAAGCGACCAUGGGCACGCAGCAGGCGCGCGGCGCGCAGGCGCGCGGCGCGUAG